AUGCGGUUCGGUGAAGACUCACCUGUGCGGAAUGGUGGCCUACCAAGCCAGGCUAAGCCGCAGCACCCCCUCGCUGGCGGCUUGGCGCUCGAUGCGGCCGCCUCGAGCAGCAGCACGCGCAAGCAUGUGACUGUGCAGGAGAUCGUUGAUCGCGCCGACGCUGAGGCCGACGUGGCGGUGGUCGGCCGCUGCUGCACCACCGUCUUCCUGCCCCUCCUCAUUGUGGUGCUCGUGCUGGGCGUGUUCCUCAGCGUCGUCCUCACGAGCGGCAGCGCGCCGAAGGUGGCGGGUGUGCCGCGUGCGGUUCUCAUCGUCGUGGAGGGCUUCAAGGGCACCACCUUCAACGCGCUGCUGGAGGGGGAGCGGCUGCCGCACAUCCGCCGCAUGCUGCUGGAGCAGCACGGCGUCUAUGCGGCGUGCGCGACGCUUGAGGACGCCCGCUGCGCCCGCGCAGUCCUUGUCGAGGACGACACGACGGGCGAGCCGUUCAUUUCCUCCGGCGCCGGCAUCGCGACGAUUCUCACCGGCGUCACGCCGCGCCGCCACCGCGUGCGCAACGACUCGUGGCAGUCGUACAGCGUCAUGGCGGACACCACAGCGCACUUCCCGACUAUCGCUAUGCGCGUCACGAGCGCCAGGCGACACGUCGUCGCGCUUGGCACCUCGCACAUGCUCAACGCCCUCAACACCGGCAGCGGGCAGUGCAGUGAAGCGGGGCUGCUUGACGCGGAGUGCGAAACACCGGUGGGGCUGCGCGGCAGAGACGCGCAGUCGCAGGCAACCACAGAGGCCGAAAGAGCCGCCGCAGCCUUCACGAGAACAGGAGACGAUGCGUCGUCCUUGAUGAGUUGCCUGCACCAGCGCUCAUGUAACCUCUUUAAGCGUGUGCUGACACUCGCCAAUGGCCGUGACGGCAAGGAGGAACAGCAGUUCACGAAAUACCUUAGUGAUGUUUUAGGCGGUCUCGUCAAUGAGGAACAUGAGAGCGCGAGCAGCACAGCAGCUGAUGGGAGUCUCUUCAUCUUCCACUUUAACACACUGGCACGCCGCGCAGGGGACGCUGGCUUGCCCGACUUCACGUACGCCGCGGACUCGCUAGAGUACACUGCGCAGGCCUUCCUGUUAGACAGUCUCAUUGGACAAGUGCUUGCCAUCGUGCGGGACCGGGCGCGCUCACACAAAGAGAACUGGCUCGUUGUCGGCACAAGCGACCACGGCGGUGUUGGCAAAUCGUUUGGCCGCAACGGUGACGAGGAUGAGGUCGUGCCAUUCUUCACCGCGACGUACACAACAAACGCCCGCGGUUACACACGGCUGCGCUCAUUCACACGACCCGUCACCCACAUGGAUGCGGCACCAACCAUCUUGAAGUGGCUUGGCAUUGCCCCCUACGACGACGCCGACGACGGGGAUGAAACGACGACGAGAGCGCCGGCAGAUCCGGCAGCAGCGGGCUCGCGCGACAACUCCAAGAACACCGGGUCGGGACCUGGUGCGACUGCCAAUAACAAGCAGCUCUUGGACGGCCGGCCUCAAGGCAUCUGCGGCUCUGGACUACGGCCGCGCGACUGUGAGAUCGAGGAGGAGGAGUGA